CAAAUCACAUUUCUUUAGAAGAAAAUGUUAAAAAAAAUGCAAAAAUAAGUCAAUCAGUCCCAUUAAGAUGUUACCAUUUCCAGACCUCUUUGCUAAUUUUGCUUUCCACAGCACUUUCUGCUCCAUCCCGGGUUUGGCGUCGAAUGACCUGGGCUCUGACUCUUCUAUGCCUUCUACUGCUGAUUGGAUUGGGAAUCUUGGGAAUCAUAUUUUACAUAACCUCGAAGAUAGAAAUGGGAAAAUUGAGUGAACUGCAAAAUCUCAAAGGAGAACUUGAGAGCAAUAUUUCUCUACAGCAGAGGAGCAACAUGAAUUUUUCCAUCACACUGCAAAACAUAGCCACCCAGUUAUGUCGUGAGCUAUGCAAAACCCCAAAAGAGCGCAAAUGUAAACCUUGUCCAGAGACAUGGCUGUGGCAUGAGGACACGUGUUAUGGCUUUUUUUAUGAGAUGGACACAUGGCAAAACAGUGAAAUGAGGUGUUCUAGUUUGAAUGCCAGCCUAUUGAAGAUUAAGUCUGAAAGUGUUUUGGAAUUUAUAAAGUUCCAGAGGUUGGAUUCCUUUUGGCUGGGAUUAUCUCCCAGGCAAAAUUACAAAAACCUUGAGUCCUUGGAUAAGAAAAUGAUCAAUUCUGACUGGCAUAUAGGAAACACAGGCGACUUACAUGAUAAAUACUGUGGAUAUAUACGCAACGUUUAUGUCUAUUAUGAAGAAUGUAUUAAAAAAAAUUUAUAUGUGAGAAAUUGGCCGAUAGAGUGAAGAUUGAAAGUAUGCUAAUGAUUAAUGUUCCAGAGGGAAGAGGGUAGUUAGUGCAGUUUUUUGCCUCAGCUAAUAGCCUGUAGUUGAAGGUAACUUUAGAGAGAGUACAUAUCCUGGGAUACACAAAUGGAAUAAAAAUGUGGUAAAACUAAAUUUCUACCUUUUUCUUAACAUUUACAUCUUCGAACUUCCUUUUUCCACUUCAUCUUCUGAAUGAAAGGAACGAAAAUUCGUUAACAU